UAUAUGUCGAAGUUGUAAAAGUUGCAACCUUUGUUUUAAAAUUUUGGUUAGCUGGAAAAUUUCCGAAGUAGUGGGUCAAGUGGGCAGUCACGCGAUCUAAUAUUCAUUUAGAGUAAUUUUUCUUUUUGGAGGGUUUUAUAACUUCUUGAUUUAGAUCUUAGUUCAUUUGUCGCGAUGAAAAACACUAAUUACUAUGAAGUUCUCGGUGUCGAAACGAUCGCUUCUGAGGGUGAAAUCAAAAAGGCAUACCGCAAGUUAGCGAUGAAAUAUCAUCCCGACAAAAAUCCUGAUAAUGAAGCAUCAGAGAAAUUUAAAGAAAUUAGUCAUGCAUAUUAUGUUUUGAGUGAUCCAGAGAAACGUGAAUUAUAUGAUCGAUUUGGUGAAGAGGGAUUAUCUGGUGGCGGCGGUACCAAUAUGUCAGCUGAAGAAUUAUUUGCUAGUUUCUUUAGUUUUGGUGGAAUGGGAGGUGGUGGACCUUCUAGACAAAGGCACGGGGAAGAUAUCGUUAAGCCUUUCCCUGUUACGUUGGAAGAUCUUUAUAAUGGAAAAACUACCAAGAUUUCUUUGCAAAAAGAUGUUGUAUGCCCUUCAUGCCACGGAAAGGGUAGUAAAUCUGGUGCCACUAGUAAAUGUACCAGCUGUGAAGGCCGUGGAAUAAAAGUCGCUAUGCGACAAAUUGGUCCAGGCAUGAUUCAAAGGAUAAACACAGUUUGUACUUCUUGUGAUGGUGCAGGGGAAGUAAUCAAAGGAAAUAAGUGCAAAAAAUGUAAAGGCGCGAAGACUCUAGAAGAAAAGAAAAAAUUAGAUAUCUUUAUCGAGAAAGGUAUGCAAAAUAACCAGAGAAUUGUUAUGCAAGGUGAAGCUGAUCAAGAGCCUGGUGUUGAGACAGGAGAUGUAAUUCUUGUCCUUAAACAAAAGCCUCAUGAAAGAUUUGAGCGGCAAGAUAAUGAUUUACUAACAGAAGUUAGUAUCUCCAUUACCGAAGCACUUUGCGGGUUUUCGAAGGUUCUUGUUAAACAUCUAGAUGGACGUGGAUUGGUUAUAAAUCAUCCUGCUGGUGAAGUGAUAAAGCCUGGUGCUGUAAAAUGCAUAGCUGGCGAAGGUAUGCCACAAUAUAAACGGUCGUCUGACAAAGGUAAUUUGUACGUUAGGUUCAAUGUAGAAUUCCCACCUGACAUGUGGAUAACUCCGGACAAAAUUAAGAAAUUGGAGGCUCUCCUACCAAGCAGAAAGGCUGAGGAUCCUUCAACUCAUCCGGAAAUCCUCGAUGAAGUACACUUGACUGAAGGGAACUUUAGCGAGUAUGGUAACAAGAAAGCACGAAGUGGAAACGUAUGGGAAGAAGAUGACGACGAAGACGACGACGAAGAUCAUCCUUUGGGAUGCACUCCACAAUAAACAUAUUAAUUGGAGUUUAAUUACACGAACUUUGGGGUUUUCCUUCUAUUGCAGUGUAUUAUGGCAUUAGAGGAAGUUUACAUUCAGGACAUUAAUGGCAUUUUAGAUUUUAAUAUUUUCAAUAUGUAAUGGGCAAAAAUAAAUCAUUAAUAUUUGUAAUGAUUUUAGAGAACUUAUCAGGGGAAAAAAAUGCCUUAUUAUUAUUAAUAUUUACAAUUUGUAUGAAAUUUUAAAUUAAAAAAAAAAAUUUUUUAGCU